UGGGUAUAUGAGAGCCACGCCCAGCACCCCCUCGUCAGUCGUGGUGUAGUGGGUGAUCGGGAGUGUCGUGUGACAGUGGCGGUGCUGUGAAGCUUCUUGAAAGUUCCAGGGCUGUUCUGCCGUACUGUGUGUCUGACUUGACUUCGACUGCUUCAAAACAUCAACCUUCAACAUGCCUGGCCAUAUUGCUAUGAAGAGCAGCGGGCCCGACCCCGACCCAACUGAAUUCCUGUACGUGUCCCUGGAACAGAAGCGCAUUGACCAAACCAAACCUUACGAUGCCAAGAAGGCCUGCUGGGUGCCUUGCGAGAAAGAGGGCUACGUCCUCGGCGAGAUUCAGGGCACCAAGGGCGAUCUGGUCACUGUCGGCGUGCCUGGUGGCGAAACCAAGAACUUCAAGAAGGACCUCGUCAAUCAGGUUAACCCCCCCAAAUAUGAGAAAUGCGAGGAUAUGUCCAACUUGACCUACCUUAACGAUGCCUCUGUCCUGUAUAACCUCAAGUGCCGUUACGUCACCAAACUCAUCUACACCUAUUCCGGCCUCUUCUGCGUUGCCAUCAACCCCUACAAGCGCUACCCUAUCUACACCAGCCGUGUGGUCAAGAUCUACCAAAGCAAGAGACGAAAUGAAGUUCCACCCCACAUCUUCGCCAUCGCCGACGGUGCCUACAUGGACAUGUUGCAGAACCACGAGAACCAGUCCAUGUUGAUCACUGGGGAGUCAGGGGCCGGAAAGACUGAGAACACCAAGAAAGUUAUCCAGUAUUUUGCCAGCAUCGCCAGGAAAAGUGAUUUUCAGAAGAAGGCGGUCAAGUUCUCGAGUGGCGGUAACCUGGAAGAUCAAAUCGUGCAAACCAACCCCGUACUGGAGGCCUUUGGUAAUGCCAAGACUGUGCGUAACGACAACUCCUCGCGAUUCGGUAAGUUCAUCCGUAUCCACUUCGGUCCGAGUGGCAAGCUGUCCGGUGCUGAUAUCGAGACCUACCUGCUGGAGAAGGCCCGUGUCAUUUCUCAGCAGACACUGGAACGAUCCUACCAUAUCUUCUAUCAAAUUAUGUCCGAUCAGAUCAAGACCAUCAAACCUGCGUGCUUGCUCUCCAAUAGUAUCCAUGACUACCACUUUGUGAGUCAGGGUAAAGUUACUGUGGCCUCAAUUGAUGAUGCCGAGGAAAUGCAAUUCACAGAUGAGGCCUUCGACGUGCUCGGCUUCUCGCACGAAGAAAAAGAGAACGUGUACAAGGUGACCGCCGCUGUGAUGCACUUUGGUGAGAUGAAGUUCAAGCAGAGGGGUCGCGAGGAGCAGGCUGAGGCCGACGGCACAGCGGAAGGUGAAAAUGUGGCGAAGCUCAUGGGUGUGGAAGGUGCUGACCUAUACAAAAACUUGACCAAGCCCAAGAUCAAGGUCGGUAACGAGUUCGUGACCCAGGGCAGGAACAAGGAUCAGGUGACGUACUCGGUGGGUGCCCUGGCGAAGGGUAUCUAUGAUCGCACCUUCAAGUGGCUGGUAAAGAAGUGUAACGUCACACUGGAGACCGGACAGAAGCGUGUCAUGUUCAUCGGUGUACUUGAUAUUGCCGGCUUCGAGAUCUUCGACUUCAAUGGCUUCGAGCAGUUAUGCAUCAAUUUCACCAACGAGAAACUACAACAGUUCUUCAACCAUCACAUGUUUGUCCUCGAGCAAGAAGAGUACAAGCGAGAGGGCAUUAACUGGGUUUUCAUUGACUUUGGCUUAGAUCUUCAGGCCUGCAUUGAGCUUAUUGAGAAGCCUCUAGGCAUCCUCUCCAUCCUUGAAGAGGAGUCUAUGUUCCCUAAGGCUACUGACAAGUCCUUCGAGGAAAAGCUGAAGACCAACCAUCUUGGCAAAUCUCCCAACUUCAUCAAGCCAAAGCCUCCCAAGCCAGGUCAAGCCGAGGCUCAUUUCGCCAUUGUUCAUUAUGCUGGCACCGUACCCUACAACCUCACUGGCUGGCUCGAGAAGAACAAGGAUCCCCUCAACGACACCGUCGUCGACCAGCUCAAGAAGGCUAACAACACUCUAUCUGUUGAAAUCUUCUUCGAUCACGCCGGCCAGUCCGGUGGUGCUGAUGUUAGCGGCGGCAAAGGCGGCAAACGCGCAAAGGGUUCCGGCUUCCAGACAGUGUCCGGCAUGUACAAGGAGCAACUAAAUAAGCUGAUGACCACCCUGAUGAGCACCUCUCCCCACUUCAUCCGAUGCAUCAUCCCUAAUGAAAUGAAGCAGUCUGGUGUGAUCGACGCUGCACUGGUCAUGCAUCAGCUGACCUGUAACGGCGUGCUUGAGGGUAUCCGUAUCUGUCGCAAGGGCUUCCCUAACAGGAUGGUCUAUCCCGACUUCAAGCAUCGAUACAACAUCCUCAAUCCUAAAGUAACCAGAAAUCUUGGGGAAGACUACAAACAAGCCACCCAAGAACUGCUCACCGAAGUGUCCCUGGAAGCAGAGAAAUACCGCAUGGGCCACACCAAGGUCUUCUUCCGUGCUGGUGUCCUCGGUGCUCUUGAGGAAAUUCGUGACGACCGCCUGGCUAAAAUCAUCUCCUGGCUGCAGUCCUGGAUCCGAGGCUACACCAGCCGCAAGGCAUACAAGAGGCUCCAGGAACAGCGUGUUGCCCUUAUUGUCGUCCAGCGCAACUUGAGGAAGUUCAUGCAACUCCGCACUUGGCCCUGGUACCGUCUCUGGCAGAAGGUCAAGCCCCUUCUCAACGUUACCCGCAUCGAGGACGAGAUCCGCGCUCUCGAGGAGAAGGCAGCAAAGGCUGAACAAAACUACGAACGUGAGGCUAAGCUUCGCAAGGAGCUCGAAGCUGCAAAUCUCGCUCUCCUCGAAGAGAAGAACAAUCUCAUGGUCGCUCUCGAAUCCACCAAAGGAAAUGUAUCCGAGUUCCUUGACAAACAGGCAAAACUUCAGAGCCAGAAGGCCGAUCUCGAAGCUCAACUCAAUGAAACCACAGAACGCCUACAGCAGGAGGAGGAAGCCCGCAACCAGCUAUUCCAGAAUAAAAAGAAGAUAGAUCAGGAAAUCAGUGGAUUAAAGAAGGAUAUUGAGGACCUUGAACUUGCACUUCAAAAGGCUGAGCAGGACAAGGCAACCAAGGACCACCAGAUCCGCAACCUCAAUGACGAAAUUGCCCACCAAGACGAGCUUAUCAAUAAGAUUAAUAAGGAAAAGAAACACCUUCAGGAAUGUAACCAGAAGACAGCUGAAGACCUUCAAGGUAUUGAGGACAAAUGCAAUCACCUCAACAAAGUUAAGGCUAAACUGGAACAGACUCUUGAUGAGCUCGAAGAUUCUCUUGAGCGAGAGAAGAAGCUGCGUGGUGAAGUUGACAAGGCCAAGAGGAAGGUUGAGGGUGACUUGAAACUGACACAAGAAGCCGUUGCAGAUCUAGAGCGCAACAAGAAGGAACUCGAACAGACUAUUCAGCGUAAGGACAAGGAAGUUUCAUCCCUUGCCUCUAAGCUUGAGGAUGAACAGAGUCUUGUUUCCAAGCUUCAAAAGCAAAUCAAGGAACUUCAGGCUCGCAUUGAGGAGCUCGAAGAAGAGCUCGAGCAUGAACGCCAGGCUCGUGCUAAGGCUGAAAAGUCAAAGGCUCAUCUUGGCCGUGAGCUUGAAGAACUUGGAGAGCGUCUGGAUGAAGCUGGUGGUGCCACAGCUGCCCAGAUUGAAUUGAACAAAAAGCGCGAAGCUGAGUUGUCCAAACUCCGCCGUGAUCUAGAGGAGUCCAACAUCCAGCAUGAAGGUGCUCUCGUUAACCUCCGUAAAAAACACAAUGAUGCCGUCGCUGAAAUGUCAGAACAGAUCGACCACCUCAACAAGAUGAAGGCCAGGGCGGAGCGUGAAAAGACAACACUCUCCUCGGAACUCAAUGAUGCUCGAUCUGCUGCAGAUAUUCUCAGUAACGAGAAGGCUGCUGCUGAGAAGAUGAACAAACAGCUCCAGCAUCAGAGCAACGAAAUCCAGUCUAAACUUGAUGAAGCCAACCGCACCCUCAACGACUUUGAUGCCACCAAGAAGAAACUCGCUGUUGAAAAUGCUGACCUCCUGCGCCAAGUUGAAGAAGCCGAAAGCAGUAUCGGCCAGCUAUCCAAACUCAAACUGUCCCUCACCAAUCAACUCGAAGACACCAGAAAGCUUGCGGAUGAUGAGUGCAGGGAACGUGCUACUAUUCUUGGAAAGUUCCGUAACUUGGAGCAUGACAUCGAUGGUCUCCGUGAACAACUUGACGAAGAAGGAGAAGCAAAGGCUGAUCUCCAGCGCCAGCUUUCCAAGUCCAAUGCAGAGGCCCAGAUGUGGCGUGCUAAAUACGAGUCAGAGGGUGUCGCCCGUGCUGAAGAGCUAGAGGCUGCCCGCUUGAAACUUGCUGCCCGCCUUGAAGAAGCUGAACAACAGAUUGAACAGCUCAAUGUCAAGAACAUGAACCUUGAAAAAACCAAGCAGCGCAUCUGCACUGAGCUUGAGGAUAUGCAAAUUGAGGUUGAACGUGCCCAGACUCUCGCUAACGCUGCUGAAAAGAAACAGAAGAACUUUGACAAGAUCAUCUCCGAAUGGAAGAUGAAGGUUGAUGACCUCGCUGCUGAGCUUGACGCUUCACAGAAGGAAUGUAGGAACUACUCCACUGAGCUCUUCCGCGUAAAGGCCGCAUAUGAGGAGAAUCUUGAGCAACUUGACUCUGUUCGUCGCGAGAACAAGAACCUUGCUGACGAGAUCAAGGACCUGAUGGACCAGAUAGGCGAGGGUGGACGAUCCAUUCACGAGAUCGAAAAGAACCGCAAACGCCUUGAAAUUGAAAAGGAAGAACUCCAAGCUGCUCUCGAGGAAGCUGAGGCCGCUCUUGAACAGGAAGAGAACAAGGUGCUCCGUGCUCAGCUUGAGCUCAGCCAAGUUAGGCAAGAAAUUGACAGGCGCAUCCAGGAGAAGGAAGAGGAGUUUGACAACACCCGUAAGUGCCACCAGCGCGCCAUCGAUUCCAUGCAAGCUUCCCUUGAGGCUGAAGCUAAGGGCAAGGCUGAGGCUCUUCGUAUGAAGAAGAAACUCGAGUCCGACAUUAAUGAGUUAGAAAUUGCUCUUGACCACUCCAACAAGGCCAAUGCAGACUUGCAGAAACACAUCAAGAAGCUUCAAGGAGAAAUGAAGGAGCUCCAGACUCGUGUGGAGGAGGAACAGCGUCUCGCCUCAGAGUACCGCGAGCAGUACGGAAUUUCAGAGCGUCGCGCCAAUGCUCUUCAUGGAGAGCUUGAAGAAUCUCGCACUCUUCUUGAGCAGUCCGACCGUGGUCGUCGCCAGGCUGAGGCUGAUCUUGCAGAGGCCACUGACCAUCUCAAUGACCUCAAUGCACAGAACGGAUCUCUCACCAUGGCCAAGAGGAAGCUCGAGGGAGAGCUGCAGACAUUGCAUGCUGAUCUUGACGAGAUGCUGAAUGAGGCCAAGAAUUCCGAGGAAAAGGCCAAGAAGGCUAUGGUUGACGCUGCCCGCCUUGCUGACGAGCUCCGCGCCGAACAAGAACACGCACAGAAUCAAGAAAAGAUGAGGAAGUCUCUGGAAGUCUCUGUUAAGGAGCUCCAGGUUCGCCUCGAAGAAGUUGAGGGUAAUGCAAUGAAGGCUACCAAGAAGGCUCUUGCCAAGUUGGAGAGCCGCGUCCGUGAACUGGAAACCCAGCUCGACGACGAGGCUCGCCGUCAUGCUGAUGCCCAGAAGAACCUGAGGAAGUGCGAAAGGCGCAUCAAGGAGCUCACCUUCCAGUCUGAUGAGGACAAAAAGAACCACGAGAGGAUGCAGGACCUUGUCGACAAGCUCCAGCAGAAGAUCAAGACCUACAAACGCCAGAUCGAGGAGGCUGAAGAGAUCGCUGCCCUCAACUUGGCCAAAUUCCGCAAGGCCCAGCAGGAGCUGGAGGAAGCUGAGGAGCGCGCUGACAAUGCGGAACAAGUCGCUAGUAAGGCAAAGGCGAAGGGACGUGCCGGUUCUGUGGCCCGAAUGUCCCCCCAGCAGCUCUAAGUACCAACUUAGUGACAUAGUCCCCUCGGCCGCAACAUGCUCAUGUAGAGGAUGACCCAACAACCUGCCGACAUCGACAAGUAACACCUGUGGCUCGGUACUAUGUUCCUGGUGAACAUAGUGCCAUCAUAACACCCUUGUUACCACAAAUUACACUAUCCCUCAAUAUUUCCAUCCUGAUCAUUGUUUAUCAUCUUUUUAUCAACUAAUUCUCUUUUUUCUUCCUUCUUGUUGUGUAUCUGUAUGAGGCUUUAUAAUCUUAGUACGGGUUAUUGUAGUAUCACAAGGAGAUGAGGAGCGGUUGACCGGGAGUAAUAUUGUCCCAUAUUAUUACCUGUACAGUCACUCGAUGCCCAUCCUACCGAGUCGAAGCGAUGAAGUCAGACACACACUAACAUGAAACAGCUCGGGUAAUAAUUGUCACAUGUUACUUCCUUCACCCACUCGAUCAGGCUAUGUUAGUCUCCAGCCACUACAUGCCAAAACCUAAUACAAUCAACCAUACUGGGGAUUAACCUUCCAGAGGGGGUGAGUCCUAACGCGGCCGUGGGUUACAUCAAUAAUAUACUGUAGAGGGAUACGUGGUGACGGGCCAUGGGGUAACACACACCAAAUUGGACCUUUUUUUUCCCACUGUACUUUCACCUAGUCAAUACCAACCACUGCUGACCAUUCAUCAUUAUUGCUUAACAGGGAAAGAAUAUUUAAUGUGUGGAUUUGUUUAGCUUAGUUCACACCCGAGCUCAUUACUUUAAUUCCUUGUGUACUACAAAUGUCGCAAAGUGUAUGUAUGGAUCUGUAACAGAAUAUAUUGUAUUAAUAAAUAUAUGGCUGGGAA